AUGAAUUUCACCGCUGCCCUCGUGGCAUUUGUCCUCAACCCCGGCAGGUUCGCCAGGACCACCGAGACCCAGGGAUACAUCGGCCGGGAUGGCCGGCUGCACUGCAUUUCCCCUUUGCUCUACGAAAUCGGCCUGGUCAGCCUGGAAGUUUCUGUGGACGGUGGGAAGACAUUUCCUUGGUCGGCAUCUUGGAGCUCAGUUCAUCACAACAAGGUUCCCCCGUCAGAGAAAAGCACGCUGGUGAAUGAAACCAAGUGGCAAUACUACGGCACUCCGGGGACGGGGGGACCCCUGACCAUCACUUGGAACCCCGAGGUGCUGCGGUCCAGCCACGUUCACCUAGAAGUCUGGGGGUACAACGAGACAGGCAAGCCUUACUCUGACAGCUGGGCAGCUGAGUGGAAGUACCUCUACUCUCUGAAGAGGAGCCACCCAAAUGAGGGGCGCUUUGUGUUCCUGCCUGCUCCCUCUGCUCAGUACGGAGGCUGGGAAAUGGGCGCGUUGAGGAUUUCUGCCAACGACUCUCCCGAAGGCCAGCCGAACGUGGCCGCCAUCUGGAGCACGGAGCACGCCAUGGCCUGGCACCUGGAGGAGGCCUUCCGGAAGGACUCGGCUGCCUGGGCUGUGGCCAAGUGCCAGCAGUGGGACAGGAAGGAGGCCGACCUGCCCGGGUUUCUGGAGGAGAUUCCCGACUGUCCCUGCACUUUGGCCCAAGCCCGGGCUGACUCCGGCCGCUUCCACACGGAUUACGGGUGCGACAUAGAGAAAGGCAGCGUCUGCACCUAUCACCCCGGGGCGGUUCACUGUGUCCGGAGUGUUCAGGCCAGCCCCCGGUACGGCGCGGGGCAGCAGUGCUGCUACAGCGGUUCCGGGGCCCAGGUGCUGACGGGGGACUCCAUGGGGGGCAGCACCCCGGACCGAGGCCACGACUGGGGAGCCCCUCCCUACAAGAAGCCCCCCCGCAUCCCAGGCUUCUCCCACUGGCUCUACGACGUCCUCAGCUUCUACUACUGCUGCCUCUGGUCCGACCGCUGCGCCACUUAUUUCAAGCACCGGCCGUCCAGCGGCUGCCAGAGAUACCGGCCGCCCCGAGCCGCUUCGGCUUUUGGAGACCCCCACUUCAUCACUUUCGACGGCCUCAAUUUUACCUUCAAGGGCCUGGGGGAAUAUUUGGUGCUGGGAUCCGAACGGACCAAUUUGAGCGUCCAAGGGAGAACGCGUCGGGCUCAGCUGCUGAACGGAGAGCCAGGAGCCGAAGGCAACGUGACCGGCCUGUCAGCGAUCGCCAUGCGGGAGAAGGACUCGGACGUGAUUGAGGUUCGCAUCCGAGAAAACUCCCACGAGUUGGAGGUCCUACUGAAUCAAAAGGCCCUCAAUUUUUCUGAACAAACCUGGAUGGACUUAAAAGGCCUCUUCCUCUACAGCAGCCCCGGGCGCAACGUCACGGUCAUGUUCUCCUCCGGAGCCGGUGUGGAAGUCGGUGGCCGUGGAGGGAAGGUGCUGAGCCUGACCGCUCUGCUGCCGGAGACCUUCCGGGGCCAGACGGACGGUCUCUUCGGGCUGAUGAACGGCAGGCCACAGGACGACCUGACCCUUCCCAACGGAACAGCCCUGGGUGUGGCCAGCAGCGGCCCCCGGGAGCACUUCGCCUUCGGAGCAGAGUGGGCAAUUAGGAAUGAAACGUCCCUUUUCACCUACGACACCCAGGACCUCCGGGACACCUUCGUCUCUGGACCGAAGCACCACUCGUCUUUCGUCCCCCUCUUCUCUCCUCCCCAAGACGUCAACCAGACCCUCACGCAGCAGGUGGCUUCCGCCUGCCAAGCCGACCCCUUCUGCCGGUUCGACAUCCUGACCACCGGAGACGUUGCCCUGGGAAACGCCACUCGGUCGUCCCACCAGCGCUUCAGAAAACUCCAGGAGAGCUUAGAGCCAGUGGUUUCGUGUGGCUGGCUGGCUCCCCCCUCCAAUGGGGAGAAGAAAGGGACCACGUACCUAGCGGGGUCUCUGCUCCACUUCCGCUGCCAUCCCGGCUACAGCCUGGUGGGCUCGGUAAACAGGAGAUGCCAGGAGGAUGGGACCUGGUCGGGAACCCCCAGCAGCUGCGUCCCCAAUGCAGGAACCAGCCUGCCUCGCUCAGCACUUGCGAUGAUCCUGAAGGCCGCCUUCAUCUUCUGGAUCGUCUGGUGACCCAGCUAGGAGGAGAUGCCGGCAGAAGAGCCUCUCUCCACUCCACACACCCCUCCCCUCACGAAGGCAACCAGAAGAGUCCCCGCCUCCCCCUCCCUCACCGGGAGAGGGGGGGGGUCCAGACAAAGGGGCUUUAGUGGGAGGGGGGGAGGCCGUUUCAUCAUCAACCAAACGUGUAGUUCACUCCCAGGCCAACCUUGUGCCCCCUCCCCCCCACAAAAGAUGGCCCCAGGAGGCUGGGCAAAAGGGCGCAGGCGGGCAGCCUAGCAGGGUCUCCUCAGGAGGCAGGGGCAGCCCCAGGCCUGCCCCUCCUUCCUUGGGGAGGGAAGGGACGCCCGGAAUGAGAGGAUCCCGGCUUUCUCCCACUUCAGAGUCCCGUGCCAGGAGAGUCCUUAGAUCAGGGGCCCCCCAAACCCGGUCCCCGGGCUCCAUCCGUGGGAUGCAGGUGGCACACAAAACCAGCCCCCCCUCCAGUCCACGGAAAAACCUCUCUCCACGGAACCGGUCCCUGGUGCCCCAAAGGUUUGGGGCCACCUACUGGCCUAGAUGGCUGGUUUCACUUGAGCCUCAUCACCGGGUCGACAUCCCUAGCUGAUCCCUGGUGGGCUCAGGGCAGCCCUUUCUCCCUCGGGGGUUAAAAUGAAGGCCCCAUCCAGAGCGGAGCAGUCACCCAGCCCAAGACUUCCUGUGCAGAGGCCCCAGGGGGGUCAGGUCCCUGUCUGCAGCCCACCACCACCAAUCAGGCCUGAAUCAUUUGGCGGUGCUUCCCCUGGAGAGCCAUCCUUCCAGGGGCCCCUUCCCCUUCCAGGGGCCAUUUCACAGAAAGAGGCACUGUGGCUUUCAGGACCCUCACCCAAUAGCCUCCACCCUCCCCACCCCACCACCCGUGGCUGUCCCAGAGGAGGAAGGCCAGUGGUGGAAUCUUAAUUUUUUGGCCCACCGUUUCUGUGGGUGUGGAUUGGUGGUGAGGUCAUGUGACUGGGUGGGCGUGGCCAACCUUUCUCACUUUUUAAAUAAUUCUUUUUACAAAAUUAUACACAAAAGGGGUCCAAUGAUGGCAUGGGUCACAGAUGUGCCAUGCGAUUGUCAGAAGCUUUUUUUUAUUACUGGUUCGCAGAACCAGGAACAAUCGUCCCUAUUGGUUCAGCUGAACUGGCCCGAACUGGGAGGAUUUCACCCCCGAGGAAGACCAAGGGCAUGGCCCGGAAGCCUCUCCCAACCUCUGCCCCACUUGGCACUUCCAACCUCUGCCCCACCUGGCACUUUCUGGAAAAGAGGGUUAAGAAUGGGAGCCUCCCCCCACCCCGCCCGGGGGCAGCCAUACGCUUCCAAGGCCGCCAGGGGAAAGGCGGCUGAUGGGUUUAAGCGCCUUGAGCAAAGGGGGCCCCUCCUCCCUGCCCUCUGGCCAAAGCAGGGACCCUCCCAAACGCAGCCCCCUUGGUUCCUCCUGCUGUCGUCAUUUCUCUCCUGGCGUGGAGGUGAGGGGAGCCGGCAGCCCAAUAAAGUGGCCCUUGGACGGAAGAGAU